AUGUCAAUAACUGCCCUCUGGUUCUGUGUCAAACGUAUGCCAAGAAUCUUAGCCCUAAUCUUCAAUUUGAUAACAAUAUUUUUAACAAUAUUUUUAUUAGUGGGCUGUUAUAACAUGGCAAAUCAAGCAACUUUCCUAACGCGUUAUGAAUUUGAUCAAUCUUCGCCAUUUUAUUCAGUUAUAAAAUCAUCCUUUGCUGCGGGAAAUAAGACUACUGGUUUAGAGAAAGUUGUCAUUAAGUCAGGUUAUAUGGGAAUCUGCCUUGAAGAUGUCCCAAGAGUAUAUAACUUUCAAGGUCAAGAGGCAACUGAAGCAUGUUUCUCCAGAAAGUCGGUUUCCAACAAUUCUCUGUUCACUGAUCUUUCUAUCGAACUUUUCAAUAUUCCAUCGACAUCAAACAACAAGUCAACUUCCAAUAAAUCAUCCACACCAGUGAAAUUAAACAUUCUACAGCUUGCGCAGAUGACUUCAGUAAACGUUGUCCACCCAUAUAUACUAAUGGCAACUAUUAUUCUAACCAUUAUCCUAUUUCUUUUAAUCCUUUAUGCUAUAGUUCCAAGUUUACCAUUCAAAAUAUAUUUAAGCAGGUUCACCUUAAUUUUAAGUCCCGUGUUGGUUCUCAUAUGGGGACUUGGAUCAAUAUGGGCCCAUGUUGGGAUUCGUGCAAGUUAUAAAUUUAUACCUGCAGCUAGCAUGGGUAUCAUUAAGGUUCACAAGGGUAAGAAAUCAGCAACAAUGACAUGGUUUAGUUUUGCAUUCUUACUAAUAGACUGUAUCAUUUUAUGGGCUUUGUAUUUGAGGGACAGAAAGAACCUGGAUGAAGAAAUUGAUAAGGUAAAUGCAACAAAAAAUAGCAAUCCUUAUGACUAUUAUGGAGGGUCCAGUUCUUCAAAUUCAUCAAGUCUGCAUUCAAAGGUAUGA